CACCGGCUGCAAGUGCUGGGCGCUGAGGCCCUCCGGUUGUCUUUGGGAUGGAGGUGUCACGUGCUGAUGGCGGGGCUGAGGCCCCCUGGAAGAAGAUGUCUAAGGAGUUGCUGCAGAUCCAGUAUAGCCCCAGCAGAUGGGUCAUCCGGCAGAGCGCCGAAGAGGCUCUGGAAACCUACUCCCAGCUGGGCACCCAAGCCACCUCCCGGGCCCGGGCCACCAAGAAGAUCCUACUGGACGUCUCCUACGGUGAUGGACAGAGGGAGAAACUGGACAUCUACUUCCCCGACAGAGUGUCCUCGCAAACCGUGCGCUUCUUCGUGUUUGUUCACGGAGGGAUGUGGCAGUGUGGGAGUAAAGACAUGUCAGCCUUCAUGGUUGACCCUCUGACCUCUUGGGGAGUGGCCGUGGUCAUUGUGGCUUAUGACAUUGCACCCAUAGGCACCGUGGACCUGAUGGUAGACCAGCUCACCAGGAGUCUCGCCUUUCUCCAGAAGCAGUAUCCCAGCAACAGGGGGAUUUACCUGUGUGGACACUCGGCGGGGGCCCACCUGGCGGCCAUGAUGCUGCUGGCCAACUGGACAGAGCAUGGAGUCACACCCAACCUCAAAGCCCUCUUCCUCCUGAGCGGCAUCUACGACCUGGAGCCCAUUACCCACACCUCGGACAACGACCUUCUCCACCUGACGCUGGAGGACGCGCAGAAAAACAGCCCUCAGCUGCUAUUGCCAGCCAUGCUGAAGCCCGUGGCCCCCAAUCCCCGUAUGCUGGUGAUCCUGGCUCAGCACGACUCCCCCGAAUUCCAGCGACAAUCCAGGGAAUUCUUUCAGGUGCUGUGCCAAGGAGGGUGGGAGGUGGCCUUUGAAGAACUCCCAGAUGUGGACCACUUCUCAGUCCUGGAGAACCUAAGCAAGGCGGAUUACUUGCUGAGCCAGAUGAUUUUGAAAACAAUCUUCUCAGAGGCUUGAUGGCGCCUGAGCCCCAGCCCAGUGCUCACCGGCCCUUGAAGCUCGCCAGGAAACCCUGCCGCCGCACGCCCCCACACACACAUCCCCGGUGCCCAACAGAGCCAAAGCCCAUUCUUGGGGUGAUCUAAACGCCACUCAGGAGCCCCACUUUUUCCCUGACUGUGUCUGGGCCCAGCUCAGCUCAGUUCAGGGCUGUGUGUGGUCUGCAACCUCUGGGACAAGUCUGGUCCCUCUGUGACAGAGGGACCAGAUACUUACCUGCAACCCUGCCUGGUUUGGGGAAACCAGAUACUUACCUGCACUGCCUGGUUUGGGGAAACUGUUCAGAAAUGGUUAUUUCACAACCAGCAAUAAAGUUUUCUUGGACACUCA